AUGGCUGCCGCUCCUCCCAACACUAUCUAUCCUCAGAGCCAUGUCGGUUUCGACAGCAUCACUUCUCAGAUUGAGAAGAAGCUCUUGAAGCGUGGUUUCCAAUUCAACGUCAUCUGUGUUGGUCAGACCGGUAUGGGCAAGUCAACGCUCAUCAACACUAUUUUCGCUUCUCACCUGAUCGACUCCAAGGGUCGCUUCCAGCCCGACGAGCCUAUCCGCCAGACCACUGAGAUCCAGGCUGUUUCCCACAACAUUGAGGAGAACGGUGUCCGACUCAGACUCAACAUUGUCGAUACUCCCGGUUACGGCGACCUUGUCAACAACGACCGCUGUUGGGACCCCAUCGUCAAGUAUAUCAAGGAUCAGCACUCCGCGUACUUGCGCAAGGAGCUCACUGCACAGCGAGAGCGCUACAUCCAGGAUACCCGUAUCCACUGCUGUCUCUUCUUCAUCCAGCCAUCGGGCCACUCUCUCAAGCCCAUCGAUAUUGUCGUCUUGAAGAAGCUGUCUGAUGUUGUCAACGUGGUGCCUGUCAUAGCCAAGGCCGACACCCUGACCGUUGAGGAGCGUCAGGAGUUUAAGGAGCGCAUCAAGGAGGAGUUUGCUUUCCACAACCUCAAGAUGUACCCCUAUGACAACGAGGAAUUUGAUGAUGAGGAGCGUGCUCUGAACGGUCAGAUCAAGAACCUUGUUCCUUUCGCUGUUGUCGGUUCCGAGAAGUCGAUUAUCGUCAAUGGUAAACAGGUCCGAGGCCGCCAGAACCGAUGGGGAGUUAUCAACGUUGAGGAUGAGACUCACUGCGAAUUUGUCUACCUCCGAGACUUCCUUCUCCGAACGCACCUCCAGGACCUUAUCGAGACCACCUCUCAGAUUCAUUACGAGACCUUCCGUGCCAAGCAGCUGCUGGCCCUGAAGGAGAGCAGUGCUCAUGGUGGAGCUAGCAGCCGACCCAUCAGCCCUGCCGCUGAUCGCGAGUUGAGCCGAAACUCGCAACGAAUGACGAUGAACGGCUACUAG